AUGUCCCUUUUGCCGCUCACACCAUCAUUGAGGCCAUUUCUCGAGGAGUACCUCCCAAGGCCAUGCUCCAACAGACCGUUUGUAACGCUUACAUAUGCACAGUCGUUAGAUUCUCGCAUAGCUGCUAAACCUGGUGAACAAACCAAAAUAUCACACCUUGAAACUAAAACAAUGACACAUUAUAUUCGUUCGAAGCAUGACGGUAUAAUGGUGGGAAUAGGUACUGUGUUAGCCGAUGAUCCAAAAUUAAAUUGUCGUUUUGAAGCUGAAGAUGGGAAUAUUUCUACACCGAGACCCAUUAUCUUAGAUCCUACCGGAAAAUGGGCAUAUCAUAAAUCCCAAUUGCGUUCUGUAUGUGAUAAUAAUAAAGGAUUAGCCCCUUUCAUCCUAAUUGAUGAAACCGUGACACCGAGAAAUGAAGAUGUUGAAGUUCUAGAUAAGCAGGAUGGUGCAUUUGUCAGGCUUCCCUUACUUCGCAAUGCGGACAAGGUUGGGAAUUGGAAUAUUAUAUUGAAAAAAUUGUUUCAAUUGGGUAUCAAAUCUAUCAUGGUUGAAGGAGGUGCAAGUAUAAUCAAUGACUUGUUGGUUUAUAGUAAGAUUAUUGAUAGUUUGAUUAUUACAAUAGGCCCUGUAUUCUUGGGUAAAGAUGGAGUUGAAGUAAGCCCUUCGGGACAUGCUGGCUUAAUUGACGUCAAAUGGUGGCAAGGAAUACAGGAUAGCGUAUUAUGCGCCAGACUUACAUAG